AGAAAAAGGUUUAGAGAGAUAUGGAGCUUGAAAAAAUCAUUCGAGACACACUGACGUGCUUCAUCCAGUCUCACAUCCCUGCAGCAGACCUCAGUGGGAUGGAUGAUGUUUUCUUCUCUUAUAUCACGGGUGUCCUGGAAGAGCUGGGCUCACCGGAGUCCUCUGAGGAGACUUUUGACAUGGACACCUUUGUGGAAAUGAUGGAGGCGUAUAUCCCUGGUUUUGCAGAAAUCCACAGUGAGGAAGUUUGUGAAAUGAUGUUCUCCCUCUCAGAAAGGCUUGGUGAAGCUCGCAACAAAGAAAAACCUGGCCAAAAGGCUGUGGAAAGCAGGAGUGAAGCACCUCCUGAAGACCUGACCAAGGGCCAGGAGCCUGGAGCUGAAGCAUGCAACGGGGAAGGGCUGUUUACUCCAACAGACGGAGCCGGGGCCCAGGAAGGUGAUGACUUGAAGGAUGGGGUGGAGCUGCUACUGGAGAUGUUCCCAGCUUGUACUGUGAGCCAGGCAGAGAAGGCACUUGCCAUGGCCUUGGGGAACUUGGAGGAGGCAGUGCAGUUAAUUGUGGAGGAGAAGGUGGAAAUUGGCCCAGCAGGUGCGAGUGUGAAGGAACUGGCACGACCCCGCAGAACACCCAACCACGAGGAACUAAAACAGGUUAUCCUAGAGAAAUACAUGAUGGUGGAUAGUGCAGAUGAUCAGAAAACACAUCGGCCAGCUCCACCCAAAGAGGCUCCCAAGAAGUUGAUCCGCUAUAUUGAUAACCAGGUGGUGAGUACAAAGGGAGAAAGGUACAAAGACAUCAAGAAGCCUGAGAGUGAGGAGAUGAAGAGAACCUACAUCAGUCUCAAACCAGCCAGGAAGUACAAGUUCCACUGACAGCCAGGUCCUCCUGCUCUUCCACCUCCACCUCACCGGCCAGGCAUGGCAGGAUGGACACGUGGCACUAGGGAUGAGGGGGACUCCUCCACCUGCCACUAACUGGAACUAACCUGGGAGCCAGCACAUCGCUUUCAGCUUCCUCAACUAACCCAGCUGACAAGGAGGAGCCUUCUCUCCUUGUGUAGCUGUCCCUCUGCCCUCAGGGGCACACUGCAGUGGCUCUCUGGGGCCUGGGCAUUCUCUGCUAUUCCUUGCAUGGGACGUUUUUAGAUCUAAGAUGUGGCUUGUGCCUUUGCAGCAAGCUUUUUACACGUCUGUGUGCACUGUUGCUUUAAAUUGAGUGCCAGCAAUAAAGAUGAUGUGAGUUUGUGUGUAGUUCA